AUGUCAUCUUCAGAUCGAUCUAGCCCCAUCCCAUCUGGGUGCAAGGUGUUUUUAUCAUUCCCAGAUGCCCUGAUGGUUGCUGAAAUCGUUUUUGGUAGUCUGGUUUGGAUCCUUGUGGCUUCUACCGAUCUUCUAUCCAUAUUUCAGGAGUACCAAGGCUGGUUAAUGUUUGUAUCGGUCACCUGUCACAUUGUGACCACAUUGUUGCUGAUAAUUUACAUGUGUGGAGCUCAGAACCAUUCGUCAGUGUGGAUUACGUUGGAUGCUUUCUACCACUUUGCUGCAACUGCGCUUUACUUAAGUAUUGCUGUCAUGCAGGCUAGAGACACAAAAAUAUAUUUCAUUGGUUUUUCCCAUCCUAGCACACUUGAGAAAUAUCAGCUCAACAUUGCCGCCUCAGUGUUUGCAUUCAUAGCCACCUUACUUUACGCAGUGCACGCGAUCGGCUCGAUGGUGAGAUGGAAGCGAUCGUCCUGA